AUGACUGCAGCGAAAUUUCUCACAGAAGGAUUAUUGCGCACCACUCGCCAAUGCGGUCUGUUCCAUGCACCGUUUCGGCGUGCGGCACUAAUUUGUAGGAAGACUUGCCAAUCCUGCUCUUGUCCUCAAGCUGACCACCCAUUAUGUGCAGUACCGCAGAGGGCCGCAGUGAUUCCAUCUGUCUAUUCGCGCACCUUUACGUCAACUUCGAGUAGAUCGCAUGGCCACGUACACAAGCCGAGACCCGGGGAAGAGUAUGCUGGGUCGGCUAGUGAAACCCCUGAAGCUUUCAUACUGACGCUUCUUAGGCUGUGGAUUACCUACAUUGACAAAGAUGGCGACAGCCACAAGAUUGCCGUCGCCGAGGGUGAUAAUUUACUAGAUAUUGCCCAGGCAAAUGAUCUCGAGAUGGAGGGUGCAUGCGGCGGUUCGUGUGCUUGUUCCACAUGUCACGUCGUCGUGGAGGGGGAGGAUUAUUACGAUAAGAUGACAGAGCCAGACGAUGACGAGAACGACAUGCUUGACCUAGCUUUUGGGCUCACCGAGACGAGUCGGUUAGGGUGCCAGGUCCAUAUGUCUAAGGACCUAGAUGGUUUAGUUGUCCGGCUACCAUCGAUGACAAGAAACUUGCAGGCCAGCGAUUUCCAGUCGAAAGCGACCGCAGGCAGUAGUAGUGUAUAG